CGAUUUGGAUCUUAAAUAUAUAGAAUAUCUAUAACAUUUACGAUCGAAUCUGUAACACUAUAGUGAUAUUGGAGGAAAUAAUUAAAAUUUCUGGUUAUAGAAAAAUUGCUGACCUAACGUAUAUUUAAGGUCAAUUAAAUUGAAGGUACGGUGUUUUCACUCAUUGUUAUGAGGCUGAGGUUUAUAUUGAAAUUGAAUAGGCUGGUAUAGUAUCUAGAAUUGAGUUGCAUCAUUUAAGCGAAAUAAUCGCGUUGAAAUUUUGUAGAAAAAAGGACCAGAUCUAAGUGAAAAAUUUAAUUGAUAUUUAUGGAUAAGCGGUUAAAGUUGCAAUGUAAUCAAAAAGAUUUACUUGAAUCAUUCAUUAAAAAUUAUCAUCGGGACUAAAACGAGGAUAAAGAGAUUAGUCAUGAAUAUUUUAUUGGUUAUGUGUAUUCUCAGGUCCAGCCGUUCUUUAACGAAAAUUAUGGUGCGAUUGAAGAGCGAUUAGAUGAAGAAUUUACCGUCGAAGUAUCGAAACUUGAGCCUAAGGCUGACGUCACCACUAUUGUACACCAUAGCGAUAGUAGUCAUGGAAUACAACUUCCAAAAAUCAAUUUAGAAAAAUUAAACGGCAGUUAUAUACGUUGGCCUACAUUCCAUGAUUUAUUUAAUACCCUGAUUCACAAUAAUGAUUCCCUAUCUAAUGUACAAAAACUCCAAUAGCUCAAAUUGCAUUUCACAGCUGAUGCAGAGCAACUUUUACGGCACAUUCAAAUUACUGGGAGUAAUUAUGAGCCUGGGAAUUAUUAAAGGAUAGGUAUCAGAAUAAAAGAAUAUUAGUGCAAUUAAAGCGACUUUUAACCCAAACUGUAGUGUCUCAUUAAUUUGCUUCAGGCGUUAGAGCCCUGUUGGACACGACUAGUAAAUGCAUGCAAGUCUUAGAAAAUAUUGGUCUUGGAACUAAAGAUUGGGAUCCGAUAAUUGUUUAUUUGACAGUUUAAAAGCUGCCACCCGAAAGUCAUCAAUUGUGGGAGCAAGAAAUUAGUAAAACUAAGGAGUUGACUUCUUGGUCCGAAUUAAAAGAAUUUUUGGAGUCAUGAUUUCGGGCUUUGGAAGCUAUUUCCGCUAAAAAAUCUAAUCAGCGUGAAAACAGAGGUGCAUCACAGUUUAACGUCCCAAAAGUUCAGGCCAGGACUUAUCACAGUGGCAAUAUUAAUAACAUUGUUAAAUGCCCUGUUUGUCGUGAGUCACAUAUUUUGCGCAAAUGUAUUAAGUUCAAGGGAAUGUCGCCUAGCCAAAGAACUGAAGUUGUGCGGCGCAAUCAACUGUGUCUUAAUUGCUUGUUGCCUGGACAAAUGCUAGCUACCUGCCCAAGUAAGCACAGCUGUUUUCAUUGCAAGCGCCGACAUCAUACCAUGACUCAUUUUGAACAAAAUGAUCGAGGUCGAGAUCAGGUACCCAAUCAAAAUAGCAGCGUGACUGGUAAUUCUGCAGCAUCUCAGAGUCAGACACUUAAUGCAACGAGUCCCACGUUUAAUCCCAGCCCAAAUCUGUCAGUCAAUACUAGUUCGAUUUCUAAAUACGAUGUACUUUUAGCAACAGCUCAAGUUAAGUUAUUGAGUUCAACUGGACAAGAAAUUGUGAUUCGCAUGCUAAUAGAUCAAGGUUCCCAGGCGUUAUUUAUUACAGAGAGAAUUGUACAACUGCUGCAUUUAAAGAAAGAGUCGAUCAGUGCUAUAGUUCAGGGAAUUGGAAAUCAUGAAUCGCAUCACAUUAGGGCCAGAGUUAACUUCGUAAUCAAGUCACUUCUGUCCAAGGAAUCAAUCGAGAUGCAGAGGCUGGUUAUGAGGAAUGUUGCAGGCGUUUUACCAGGAUCAAGUUUCUCCACACGUGAUUGGAACUUUAUCAAGGAGUUACCACUUGCUGAUUCGAAGUUCAACGAGACUGGCGGAAUAGAUUUAUUGAUCGGAGCAGAUAUAUUUGGUCAAAUAUUAGUGGAUAGCCUAAUUAAGGAUGGAAUGGAUCUUCCAAUUGCCCAAAAUACAGUGUUUGGUUGGAUGCUCUCCGGCAGAAUGGGUGUAAAACCUCAAAACAACAUAAUAUUAAAAACUUUUCAUGUAGGCGCAUCCUUUGAAGAUCAAUUAAGAGCCUUUUGGGAGCUAGAGAAGAUUAGUGACGGGCCUAGAAUCUUGAGUAAAGAAGAAGAGUUGUAG